GUUUAUUUCCUUCAGUGACUGCUGCGAACGUCGCAUAGCAUAUUGAACUUCCGUAACGCACCACGUGAGCGGCAGACAUGCUAGCCCGAUACAUAACAUGCACUGCUGUGGCUUCAAUACACUGGACGUUUUAUUUCUAAGUCGAAAGCUGCACUCCAUGGCACGCCUUCAGGAAUGGGGGCAAGGAUGCUGGACUAGUAUUUCUUGACGUGCCGACUCCAGGAAAACUGUAAGUGCCGAGCAAGUGGUGUGGAAGCGUAAGCAGCAUCAUCAGGUGGUCACGAUGGGGGCGUGGUCCGGAAUGACGAUCUAAGUAAAUGUUGCGAAGCAGCUUAUGCGCCCUCUAAAAUGAGCGUCUUGAAGGGAAUUCUUAUUGAAAAUCCUGGGUGCGUAAGCUGGCUUAGAAUUCUUGCUGUUUGUUAAUUGACGAACUACGCGAUGACAUUCGCUGAACCUUGAAGCUUUCCAAGAAACGAGCACCUCUGUUAUGGCUGAAGGAUUCCCUGGUACUGAACAUGGCCCGACCCAUGCUGCUGUACACGAAGAUGAGGAGCACACUGGCGAAGACGGCGACAAGCGUCUUACCCUGUCGGACGACAUCGCGAAAAGUAUCUUAGAGUCUGAAGAGUGGCCCUCUUAUGUAGAAAGACUGCGACAGGCCUGCGACGACGAUGAAAACACCGAAGGGCUGCUGCUGGCAGGAAGGUUCGGCCGACAGUACCCGCUCUGGAAUGGCAAUCAGCGUAUUCUGGACAACGCCGAUCCACCACUUGCAACGGGCUGCCUCGACGUUGAGGCUAACCUGCCUUCUCCGUUCCUGAGAGCCGACGAUCCGCUGCCGGUGACAUCGAACAACAGCUUCCGGGCUGACGACGCAAGCGCCCCUAACUCCUUACUGCUACAAUACGGCUCGCAUAAGAGCGUUUCAGACUGUCGUGAAGCGACGUCGUUCACGCCUGACCGCUACAGUAGGUCAUCCCCGAGGUCUGCGUUCUUGACGCCUCCGUGCAAGCCCCCCAAAAAACUCGAUAUCAUCGCAGAAAACAAGGUCAGUCGAGAACGAAAGCAAUCGGCGUCAUCUAAGCCACUCGGAACCCCCGGAGCCUCCGAAUUGCGGUUUCUGUUAGGACGAUCAGGCAGCCGGAACUCUGAAUCAUGUUCAUGCGCCAAGGGCCCGAUAACAUCAAAGAACUCAAAAGAGUGGUCGCGUGACAUUGAACAGUUUCGCGCUGCUCUGAUUAGUUCGGGAUCUUCUGGCGAGGGCGACUUGUUCAAGUCUUCCUUUCGCAUAAGCAAGAGUGGCAGCUCCAUCUUGGCCUUAGAGCGACUAUUUCUGGAAGUCGUCGAAGCAUCAAGCCAACACCAAUUAUGCUUAGCGCAGAUUCAAGGAGACAUUCGCUGCGGGCUGCCACCGGCCGCAGUCGGAGAUGAUUCCAACGCGCCCCGCCGGGAAGUAAUAGUCUCUAGUGCCAAGGGCAAGGGACUUCCCCUGCAGCGCCUCGGCAGAGGAGCAUUCGGCAGGGUUUUCGGAGUUCACAUCAAAGGGCGCCUGGUGGCCGUCAAGGACGUGCGCAACGUUGACGAACCCAGCGAGCGGAACGCGUCGCAGCUCGUGCACCGGCACGUGGUACGCACCCUUUGUGUGGCGCCUCUGGAGCCGCGUCGCUUCCUAGUGGUGAUGGAAUACGGAGGCCCGCACACUCUCCAGCAUCUGUUGGACGAGCGUGGCCCGUUGGGCACCUUCGACAUCUGCCGAUUUGGCCGCCAGCUAACAUCGGCGCUUCAUUAUUGCCACCGCAACAACGUGUUGCACCUGGACGUCAAGCCAAGCAACGUGCUGGUUCACAAUGGAGACUGCAAGCUGGCCGACUUCGGGAGCAGCGCGACCCGCGGUUCCCAGCCCAAGGUCUGCGGAACAGUGCAGUACAUGGCUCCAGAAGUCCUCUUAGGCCAGCGGCCGGAGUUUAGCGCCGACGUCUAUUCGCUAGGCGUUGUCCUCUGGCAGAUGCAGUCCGGCGUGAGGCCCUUCGAUGGCCUUCAUCAGCACGCUGUUAUGUUUCAGGUGGUGCGCCUCCGACUAAGACCGAGGUUCCCGGAAAACAACGGGGCAGCCGAGCUUCAGGAUCUGGUGAAACGCUGCUGGAGCCACGAGUGCGAGGAGCGUCCCAGCGUGGGCGCUGUGCUUUUGGAGCUGAGCGCGCUUCACAAGGCGACACUCAAGAGCCGCUCUCGGCUCGAAUGACCAGUGCUGAACCUUUCCAAACCACUGCUUCGCCGAUCCAGUUCUCCCCAACAACGCGGCAGUAUUGAGGCACACCACUGAGACAAACUGCGUCGAAUAGGUCGAAAUGCUGCUCGGUGAAAGUGCCUAUGUCGUCGCAUUUGAACGCCUGGCAAGCACAUAUCUGCUUAGCUAACUGCAUCUCCUGCCGCCUGAUAUUCGCCUCAUUUGCUGGCGUGUAAAAAUCCAAUGGCAACCUGCAGCAUUUACAAGCAGUUUGUUUGUGUAGCCGUCACAAUAGCACUUGCAUUUCUUAUCGCUUGAAAAAAAAAAAAAACUGGAUAUCCGGCAUGCGCGAUGUACGGAAGACAUUUCAGCCUCACUGGGAGUGAUGUCGCGCCAGGCUAACAAGGCUUGAGCUGAUGUGCUCCCUGAUUCUCAUUCAUUAGAGGCUAAACCUGACUUUUUCCAACUCUGCAGAAAAAUGAGACCACUCCUUCCUAAUGCUCGUAGAUAUUUUCACUAAAGUAAGAGAAAAAUAUUCGCAUCGAAUCAAUACAAAGCUGUUCUGUGCCUAGUUUAACCACACGAUGAGUGAUUACUCUAGGACUUCACUUUGUUUCUUCGGUGAAAAAAUUCAGCCAAUCAAUACUGCCGACCUUGCCGUCGCGUUAACUUAUAACCACACAAAAUGGAUCACAGCUGCGAGUAGAAAGCUUGCACUACAAGACAGUGCCAAUAACCUCGAUGCACGGUGGACAAACGCCAAUGUGUAUCCGCCGCGCGCGGUUUUUAAUUGUUGAGCGCGAUAAAUGGACGCCGAACAUCCUACUCAUAUUUUAUAUUGACUUUCUUGCGCUUCAUCACAACGUUCUUCACGCUUUUAAUUUAAGACACAUUUCUUUGAGUCUACAUAUCAUGUCCCAUGUUGGCAUUAUUUACGGAUUAUUGCGCCCAUCACUUGAUGCACCUGCCCUCUCCGCCAGCACACUCCCACCUGAACUCUUCCGCUGCAAAUCACGAAGCUGUGGUGGAGUUUGCUAAAACGGUGUGCGCCUCGUAUUUCUACUCAUCCGCAGGUGUGUCGCUCUCAUUUCGUAAUGGCAUGGGCAUGAACACUUUCUAAGUUGCGAUUUUGUCAUGCGGUGCAUGAGCGCGUUGAUUUAUACUGUUGCCCGUGUUACGAACAGUGAUAAACUUCUGCACGUGUUUUUAAUCUUGACGCAUAUCGUGAAUAAACUCUUUACCCGUA